ACAAUGAAGAGAGAAAAAGAAAUUUAGAAGCGAGAUUGUAAAUUAUUGGCUCUUAAAUUAGUGAAACGACAGCGACAAAUUACCGCCGGGUCUUUUGUUCUCAUUACACGGUGGAUAUAUAAGUGGAUUGUGUGUGCGAAAAAGUUCACUUGAUUCGAAUUGAUUUGCGAUUUUUAUCCAGGUGAACGGUAUAAAGUAGUGUGAUUUUUUUUUUAAAUAAAAAGAUAUAUAUGUGUAUAUAAAUUCCAAAAAGCAAUCCGAUUUCAUAGAGAACACAGGACCCUUUUGGUAUACAUAUUUUAGCCACGUCAUGUUGGCAAUGAAGCAAAUGUCGUAGCCGUAGACGCCUUUUAAAAAAGCCAAAAAAUAAAAAAGAAACAUACAAGAGAUUCAGUGAGCGAAUAAUAGACGGCUUUUCAUAUACGUUUAUAUAUAUAAAUAUAUAUUAUUUUUUUAUAAAUUACCAAAACGAAUUGCAAACAAUCAACUGAACAAAGAAAAUAUUCUAGCAUAUUAGAUAUUAACGAUAGACAACACGUUGUAUUCAACAUGGAUGACUCGUCACCGAAAACCCUAUACGUAGGAAAUUUAGAUCAUUCAGUUUCCGAAGAUCUAUUAUGUGCACUGUUUGGCCAAAUGGGAACAAUAAAAAGUUGCAAAAUUAUUCGCGAGGCAGGCAAUGAUCCGUAUGCAUUCAUCGAAUUCACAAAUCAUCAAUCGGCCACCACUGCACUAACAGCGAUGAACAAACGAUCAUUUUUAGAAAGAGAAAUGAAAGUAAACUGGGCAACGAGCCCGGGAAAUCAACCGAAAGCUGAUACAAGCACACAUCAUCACAUUUUUGUUGGUGAUUUAAGUCCAGAAAUUGAAACAGAAACAUUACGUGAUGCAUUUGCACCGUUUGGUGAAAUUUCAAAUUGUCGAAUUGUACGCGAUUCGCACACAUUAAAAUCGAAAGGAUAUGCGUUUGUGUCAUUUGUAAAAAAAGCCGAAGCUGAAAAUGCCAUUCAAGCAAUGAAUGGACAAUGGCUGGGUUCCAGAUCCAUUCGAACAAAUUGGUCAACACGAAAACCACCACCGCCGCGUGAUUCAUCGGCCAAAGGUUCAAAGAAUGGGAGGCCAACGUAUGAAGAAGUUUACAAUCAAACCAGCUCAACUAAUACAACUGUGUAUUGUGGCGGAUUUCCGGCAAAUACAAUAACAGAAGAUGUUAUGCAUAAGCAUUUCGGCCAAUUCGGUUCCAUCCAAGAUAUUAGAAUUUUUAAGGAUAAAGGUUUUGCAUUCAUUAAAUUCACAACGAAAGAGGCAGCUACGCACGCUAUCGAAAAAACACACAAUACCGAAAUUGCCGGUCAUCCGGUUAAGUGUUUCUGGGGCAAAGAAGGUGGUGGCGAUGCCAAUAAUUCGCAAGCAUCAGCCAUGGGUAAUGCCACAAUCGGUUGUACGCAACAGACUCAACCACAAGGCACACAAUAUCCAUAUUCAUAUCAACAAAUGGGAUAUUGGUAUCCGGGAUACCCAGCAGCUCACAUGCAAGCACAAUAUAUGCAACAACAAUAUCCUUAUACGUACGCUUACACAAACCCACAACAACAAGGAGGUGCAGCUGCAGCAUAUCGUAUGGUUCAGCCGAAUGUAUGGGGUGUUCAAACCACCGCUGGAGCAGUACCUGGAAUGCCAAAUAACAAUGCAGCUCAGCCGCAAAUGAUGUACACAUCAAUGCCUCAAUACCAAACACAAUGAGAUCUGAGUAUAAGUCCACUUUCGCAACUGAAUCCAAUGAAAUAGUUUAACAGGGAACAGGCACGAGUAUGAAACAAACAAACAAAUGAAACAAGCAAACAAAACAAUGAAACAAAUACAGAACACCGUAGCAAGAGAGAUAGAGAUUCAAAAUGAGCAAACAAAACGAAAGUAAUUUCUUGGAUAACUAACAUGGAAACCGAACCUAAGCAUGAUGCAUACGACGAAGAAAAAUAGAUAUUGGUAUAAGUUGGAUUUGUAAAAAAAAAAAAUAUUGUUGCGAAAGUAUUUGAAAAAAGAAAAUGGUAAAAAACUAAAAUAAAUGCAAGAGGAAAAAAGAAGAAAUUACAUAAAACCAACAACUUAACCAUAAAACUCAAAACGAUAAAUUAUAAUCGAGUUGAUAUAUACAGAAUCAAGAUUGUGUCAGGGCAGAGUUAUGAAAAACUCUGAAUAAUUAUCUGAACGAGAAAAAAAAAGAGAAAAAUUUAUGAGAAUAAGAUGGAUCUUUUUCUGCAUUGAACUUUUGAUGUAGAGAAAGAUGUGUGAUAUAUUCAAGCAAACAAUAAAAAAAAAAUGAAAGAUAAACAAAAUAUGAAGUAAAAAACAAUGAUCGAAGAGAUGUUUAAUUCUAUAAAUUAUGAAUUGAAUGAAAUUAAUGAAAGGAAGAAAAAUCUACUAUAAAAAAAAUAUUGUCUAGUAAUCAAUACGGUGAAAGAACAAAUUUAAAGUGAGACAUAGAUUUAUGAAUUCAACAAAACAAAACAAACAAAAUGGAAAAUUAUUUAAUAGCACGAAAAAAAUAAAUGAAUAAAUAAUUAAAUUGUAAUUUAACGAUGGCGAAACGAAGACAGACAGAGAGAAAGAGCAUUGAAAAAAUUGUUACUUAUUACAAACUAUAUUAUAUUCGAUUUUGCGUCGAAUACGAAUCAAUUCGAAUUCAUAUACAAACAAUCACAAAUGCACAGAGAACUCACAGACACACACAUAUAUAUACAAGAGAAGAGAAUUGAACGACAAACUGGUGAUCCGAAUGAGAAAUAAGAUAUAAAUCGAAGUGAGGACAAACACAAAUUGCGAACAUUUCAACAACAAUCUUUAUCCACAUAUUAUUUUAUUUUUUUCAUGUGUGCGUAAUUUUUGUUGGUGUUUCCAUUUCUGAAUUCCAUUUCAAACAUCUAUGGUCCGAAUGAUCAGCAAGAUGUUUAAUUUCGUUAAAUUUUAAAUUAUUCUAAAGCAAAACAAACAAACAAACAAACAAAAAAAAAUUAAAUUAUUCUAAGUAAUUAUUAUUAUUUUACAGCUGAUCGAUAAUUACAUCAUCGACGACAAAGUAUUAUUUAUGCUAUUGAUCGAUUAUAUAGCAUGCGUCAAUUUAUCUCUCUUUCUCUCUCUCUUUCUACCUCUCUCUCUCACACACACUCACUCACUCAUUCAUUUCAUACGCUCAACUCAACGGUGUACACAAUCUCUGAUUCCUAAAAACAAAUUCUACAUCCAAUUUAAAUAUAUAUAUUCUGCUCAAAUGUCCGAUAUCAUAAUCAUCAAACACAACACAAAUCUCAGAACAAACCAACCGGUGUGUAUAGAAACUAAAUUGAAACCCAUGAGCAACUAUUGAACUUUUUGUUAAUUUGGAUUAAACGUAUGAACACAAUAAUGAAUUACAACAAAAAAAAAUGAAAAUAAAAUAAACAAUUUAGCUAGCAACAAAAAAAAAAUUAUAGAGACAACAUGUGCCAAAUAAAAACGGCAACAUCAUAUGAAGAAGGAAUAUAUAACAGAGACACGGAAUGGAAGGAAAUAAAACUAAUAAAAAAAAUAAAUAGAAAGUAAAAUUUAUGGAGAGAAGAAAAAUGAAUUCAAAAGAAAAAAACGGAUUUUUUUUCGUUUAUAAUCGAAUUCAUGAGAUAUGGACGCAAAAAUGCAAAAAAAUGAAACAAAAAUACACACCAUUAUGCACAAGUGGCAUAUGAGAUAAUAUUCUCGCUCGAUGACCGAGCAUCAAACUACACACACAAACCCAUAAAAAACGACAAACUUCGAAA